AUGGCUCUGUCCGUUGAACUAAAGACGCCAAUUAGUGGCAGCUACACCCAGCCCACCGGCUUGUUCAUCAACAACGAAUGGGUCGAGGGUGUCGACAAGAAAACUUUCGAGGUCAUUAACCCCUCGACCGAGGAGGUUGUCUGCUCCGUCUCCGAAGCCACAGAGAAGGAUGUCGACCUAGCUGUAUCGGCCGCGCGGAAAGCCUUUGAGGGCGAGUGGCGCCACACAACACCCCAGCAGCGAGGAAUAUACAUGACCAAGCUCGCCGACCUGGUCGAGAAGAACGCAGAGCUUCUCUCUUCGGUGGAAUCCCUCGACAAUGGCAAGUCGAUCAACAUGGCCCGUGGUGAUGUUGGUGCCGUGGCUGGCUGUAUCAGAUACUAUGGCGGUUGGGCAGACAAGAUCGAAGGCAAGACCAUCGACAUCAACCCCGAGACUUUCCACUACACUCGUCAGGAGCCUAUUGGUGUUUGCGGUCAAAUCAUCCCCUGGAACUUCCCUCUUCUGAUGUUGGCAUGGAAAAUUGGACCGGCUCUCGCCACAGGAAACACUAUUGUUCUCAAGUCCGCCGAGCAAACACCACUGUCCGCCCUUGUUUUUGCAAACCUCGUGAAGGAGGCCGGUUUCCCUGCUGGUGUGUUGAACAUCAUCUCGGGUGUCGGCAAGGUCGCUGGUGCUGCCCUUUCUUCCCACAUGAACGUCGACAAGAUUGCGUUCACCGGCUCGACCGUUGUCGGCCGUACUGUUAUGAAGGCCGCGGCCUCGUCGAACCUGAAGAAGGUCACGCUUGAACUUGGCGGCAAGUCGCCAAACAUCGUCUUCAACGAUGCCGAUAUCGAGCAAGCCAUCUCGUGGGUCAACUUUGGCAUAUACUACAACCAUGGCCAAUGCUGUUGCGCCGGCUCCCGAGUCUAUGUCCAGGAGGGCAUUUACGACAAGUUCCUCGAGGCCUUCAAGAAGCGAGCAGCAUCGAAUGCUGUUGGCGACCCCUUCCACGAAGAAACUUUCCAAGGCCCCCAGGUCAGUCAGCUGCAAUUCGACCGUAUCAUGGGGUACAUCGAGGAGGGAAAGAAAGAGGGUGCCAAGGUUGAGACUGGUGGCGAGCGCCACGGCGAGAAGGGUUAUUUCAUCCAACCUACCAUUUUCAGCAAUGUCACUGCCGACAUGAAGAUCAUGCAAGAGGAGAUAUUUGGGCCUGUGGUCACCCUGGCCAAGUUCAAGGACGAAGACGAGGUGCUCAAGAUGUCCAACGACAGCACAUACGGUCUCGCGGCUGCUGUGCAUACGAAAGACCUCAAUACCGCCAUACGAGUCAGCAAUGCCCUGCGCGCGGGUACCGUCUGGGUCAAUAGCUACAACCUACUGCACCACCAGCUGCCAUUCGGAGGGUACAAGGAGAGUGGUAUCGGUCGCGAACUGGGCGAGGCGGCCUUGGCCAAUUACACACAGACGAAAUCGGUUGCUAUCCGCCUGGCAGGUGCGCUGUACUAA